GCCCACCCCCGGGUGUAGAAAGAGCCCGGAGAGUGUUACUCGCGGUCACUGAGACUUGGGCCUUUUAUCUCCCCGGGUUGCCAAAGAAGGAGGGAGGAAGAGAGGCGUGAGGGGUGGCCCCUGUGCGGUAACACCUUUCCCCAGCUAUAAAAGCUGCACCUGGCAUGGGGAGUGGGUCAAUGCCACUACCACCACCAGCUGCUCUCCGGCUACUGACCGCACGAGUCAUCAGACAAGAGCUGGGGCACUGAGUGGGCCCGAAAUCCGCGGACAGAGGAAAGACAACCGCCGGUACAGCCAGCCGACUACCUGCUGCUGUUGCCUCUGCCGCCUUUGCAGCCGCCCGCCUCCGCAGCUGCAGCGAGCUCCCAGGUUCCUUGUGGCCCAAGGGGAACCACCCAUCCUGCGGAGGUUCCGGCAUACUGGGGAAGGAAGAGUUGCAGGACUAGGCCUGUUGCAAAGCUGCCGCCGAACAUUUUCUGAUCGGCCCUCCCCAGGAAGCCGGGUCGGCACCGGUGUGUGCUCGCACACGCCCUUUCCGGAGCAUCCUCGCACCUCGGAGGCCAGGCCAAGCAGCCGAGCCGACCCAAGCCUCGCACUCCCUCCUCGCUGCCCAGCCUGCCCUUCCUCCCUUUCUUCGCCUUUCCCGCCUGACCACCAUGAUGCAGACCUGCGACACCUACAACCAGAAGCACUCCCUCUUCAACGCCAUGAACCGCUUCAUCGGGGCGGUGAAUAACAUGGACCAGACCGUGAUGGUGCCCAGCCUCCUGCGGGACGUGCCCUUGACGGAGGAGGAGCUGGAGGCGGGGGUCGGAGUGAUGGUCGGAAGCGGCGGCGGCUGCCUGGUGGAGAGAGACCCCCAGCUGGGAGACGGGGGUCCUCCCAGCCCCGGCAGCGCCGCUGGAAGCUUCUUCUCACCCAGCCGGGACAUGUACAGCCACUACAUGGGGCUCAAGUCCAUCCGCAACGACAUCGAGUGGGGCGUCCUGCAGCAGACUCCCCAGCAGGGCGACGAGACCCCCCCCGGAGCCUGGAAACCCAAGGACAUUCUUAGGGACCUGAGCCUCCUGGAGGGUGGAGAAGGGGGGGAGGAGGACCUGGAGAAGCAGUUUCACUAUCACCUCCGGGGACUGCACACGGUGCUUUCCAAACUCACCCGGAAAGCCAACAUCCUCACUAAUAGAUACAAGCAGGAGAUCGGCUUCACCAACUGGGGCCACUGAUACCAAGGAAGCGGCAGGGGGAGGGGGCAGGCGGCAGGCGGCUCCUCUUCCGCGCGCUUCUCUUUCCUCUUCUCUCUCUCCUCUUUUCUUUCCUAAAUAUGAUUUCCUCCUGCGCGGUGGGGCGUGUGUAAAUGAAGGGCAAGGCUGCCAGGGAAGGGGAGAAACUAGCGAGCGAAUGGGGGUGGGAGAGAUGGAGGGGGGUGCUGUGUCCUGAGGUUCGCAGGUUGAGAUGGAGGGCUGGGGUGUCCUGGGGAAGUUAUUUGGGGGGGCGGAGGUGCAUAAUAGGCCGAGGAGAAAUAUGACAGCAGCGGAAGGCAGGACUUCGUGGAAGGGAUUACUGGAAUUGUGCAUUUGUGCAUUUGGCCCGAGUGGCCCUAGAACUGUUUGGAUUCGGCCGCCUUCAUCCUGUUACUUCUUAGUCAUUUAUUCUCCUUCCCCUUUCUGGGGAGCCAAAGGGGUGUCCGGGGGAAGCCGGGGGACCCGCCUGCGGCAGUUAUCUUACAAUUAGGGGCUGCACCGAAUGAAGCUCAAGCACUCCAAGGCGUGGCGGCGCUGGCCGCCGUUGCUGGUUGUGGCGGCAGCGGGGCUGCUGGAAGAUUGCAUCAGUUUUUCCUGUUUUGCACUACUUUUUUUUUCUUUUUUGUAACAAUAGCCCUGUCUUUUAAGUAUUCUGAUUAUCUUUUUCUGGUGCUCUGAAACCGCAGCUAAUUCCUUUGUGACAAAACGCACAAAACAGAGCACGGGUCUAUCCUUAACCGGUACUACUUUUUAAAUUAAUUUCCUUAUGUUAGGGUGUGCAAUUACCCCUCCAUCCCCUUCCCACGUUUGUCCCCGGCGCCCUCACCCGAGGACUGUGGUCCUUUUCCAAAGCUGGUAACUUUGCUGGCUUAUGGCAGGCGAGGCUGCAACUAAGCCAAUGAGAAUGAUAAAAAUUGUUGUGAUAAGAUGGACUUGUUUUCCAAAAUGGAACCAACUGACAAUUCUGUCUUGUUUAAGUAGAAAGAUGAAGGGUUCCAGUGUUGUAUAUGUAAACAUUUAUUUAAAAACUUUUUUAUCCAGAUGUAGAAUAUAUUCUAAAAAGAAAAAGCAAAUGUAUUAAUCUUGACAAAACUUUUUGUUGACAUAAAACCCUUGAAUCCCACGAAUUACUAGUUUUCAAUAAUAAACUAAAUAAUUUUAAUUGAUAUUUUUAAAGCAACAAUAAAUUUUAUUUUUUCUCUGGUA